CCAUGGACUUCUCCGCCAUUGCUUCCAGGCUCCGCCUCUCGGGCUCCAAGACCCUAAUCCGCAAGGCUAAGGAGCUUCGCCGCCUCUCAGACGUGCAGUUCGAUUCCUCCAUCACCGGUGUUGUGAGAUAUUUGUGUCUUCCCUUCCUCCAUGAUCCCUCUUUCUUGUUCACAUUUAAUAAACUCGUACUGUUCGAACAGGGCGAGGUUGCCAAGGCCAUCAUCUGCUUGGAGCUUGCAGCAUCGAGGUUUGACGUGGUGUUUGAUCGGCAAGCCGCGAUAAAGAUGAGCGGGAUGUCAGAAAAGGCUUACAUGAGGUCGCUUAACUCCAUGCAGAAUGGAAUAGGAUUCAGGCCAAGUCUGGAUGUUCGGCAGCUUGGCGUUCAGUUUGGUUGUGUUAGGCUCAUCCCGUUUGUGCAGAAGGGAUUGUCUCUCUACAAGGACCGAUAUGUGGCAGCAAUGCCACCUUCCCGUCGAUCCACCACUGAUUUCAAUCGUCCAGUAUUUACAGCAGUUGCCUUCUAUUUAUGUGCUAAAAGACAUAAGCUGAAGGUUGAUAAGUUGAGGUUGAUUGAGUUAUGUGGCACUUCUCAAUCUGAGUUUUCUACUGUUUCGACUUGUAUGAGUGAUCUCUGCUUCGAUGUUUUUGCAAUUUCAAAAGAAAAGAAAGAUACUAAACCUGUGAAGAGUCAUAGAGAGCUUUUUGAUGCCUUGCCCAGAAAAAGGAGACUCGACAAUCACUGUGAUGCCCCUUCUCAUGAUUCUUCUGAGCAUGAUCUAUCAUUCAACCAGAGAUACAAAAAGAUAAAGAAGCAAUCUUACGAGAACUUGAAGGUUUCAGUUAUUUCCUCUAACAAUUCUUGAACUAUACAAGCUUGUGCUUCGGCAGUUUUCCUCAAGCUGAAGAAACAGGCAAAGCUCAAUUUCAUUACCAAAUCUCCGGCUUCAAUAUCAUUAGAUGCUACUAUAUAAUUGAAGAAUUGAGAUUGUUAAAACUUUUAUAGCUUCAUCA